AUGCCGGAAAACGUGUCGAUGCGGACUGGCUCGGCUGUGCUGGGAAGGAGUUCUCGAGCUGCCUGGACAGUGACUGCGCUGUCCAGCGUGCUGAUCUUCACCACCGCCGUGGACAUCCUGGGAAAUUUCCUAGUCAUUGUCUCGGUCAUUAGGAAUAAAAAGCUGAGAAAUACCGGUAAUGUGUUUGUUGUCAGCUUGGCAUUUGCUGAUCUUGUCGUGGCUGUGUACCCAUAUCCACUCGUGCUCUUUGCAAUUUUUCAUAAUGGAUGGUUCCUUGGUGACAUUCACUGUAAAGUGAGUGGCUUUUUGAUGGGUCUAAGUGUGAUAGGUUCAAUUUUCAAUAUCACAGCCAUUGCAAUAAACAGAUAUUGUUACAUCUGUCACAGUCUCACAUAUGACAAACUAUUCAGCUGUCGAAACACAAUGAUCUUUGUGUUUUUGAUUUGGGCAUUAACAGUACUUGCAAUAGUUCCAAAUUUUUUUGUUGGAUCUUUACAGUACGAUGCCCGUGUUUAUUCCUGUACAUUUACUCAAACAGUUAGUUCUUCUUAUACCAUGGCUGUGGUGGUGGUUCACUUCUUGGUUCCGAUCACAGUGGUGUCAUUUUGCUACCUGCGCAUCUGGAUUUUAGUUAUUCAAGUAAGGAGGCGAAUCAAGACAGAUGUGAGGCCAGGACUGAAGCAUAGUGACUUCAGAAACUUUCUGACUAUGUUUUUAGUAUUUGUGUUGUUUGCAUUUUGCUGGGCACCCCUGAACUUCAUUGGUCUAGCUGUGGCUACCAAUCCAAAGAAAAUCGGACCAAAAAUUCCAGAGUGGCUCUUUAUCCUUAGUUACUUCAUGGCCUACUUUAACAGUUGCCUUAAUGCAAUUAUAUAUGGAAUGUUGAACCAAAACUUCAGAAAAGAAUAUAAAAGAAUAUUAAUGGCUUUGUGGACACCACGCCAUUUAUUUCAAGAAACAUCCAAAGGUGGAACUGAGGCAAUGAAGACGAAACCAUCACCUGCAUUACAUAAUAAUGAUUAG